AUGACUUGUCUCCAGGAAGGGGAUGGUGUGUGGCAACAGCUGGAGUUGAGCGGCCAGCUGAGAGGUGCUCUCCUGGAGAACCUAAAGCCUGCGACACGUUACUCGGUGCAUGUCCAGGCCGAGGGCCCCGCGGGGCGCAGCAAGCCCAGCCAAGAUCUGCAGUUCAAGACGGAGCCCCAGCGCCCCGCAGGUCCACCACUCAAUGUGGCCGUCAGGGCCGUAUCUUCCACCCAGCUCCUGGUCACGUGGGCGCCUCCCCUACCUGAACUCCGACACGGUGACAUACAAGGCUACUAUGUGGGCUACAGGGAGAUUAACUCUCCUAAUGGUAACUACAACAUGACGGCGGUGAGUGGGGUGAGCGACGAGGGUGGCGGAGAGCUGAUACUCUCGGGACUGCUAAAGUUCACCCGCUACUCUCUGGUAGUGCAGGCCUUUAACCAGGUGGGCCAGGGGCCGCAGUCGGAGCCUGUGUCCGCUCAGACUAUGGAGGACGUUCCCAGUGCUGCGCCCGAAGAUGUGCGAUGUGCGGCUUUAAGUUCCCAGUCCGUCCAGGUCAGCUGGCAUCCCCCGCCCCACAUUCACAGCAACGGUAUAAUCCAGGGAUACCGACUCUUCUAUGACACCCAUGACCAAGGUGCGACAAGUACAGUAGCAUGCUUGUUCAUUUUUCCAAAUUUCCCUCCAGAGCAGCUGGAAAUUAGCGGCGUCCCCAACAAGAACAGUGUGUAGCUGGAAGUUUUAA